UUAAAAAGCGAUUAACACAACAUUCAUCGAUUAUUCUAUGUUUAAGGCACUCUAAGUUUCUUUGCUCAGCAUAAUCGCAUUUGGUAUUUUUGUGAGCUGCUGAAAAGCAUGGCGAGUCCUGAUCUUCCGCCUCCUCCGGCAAACAAUAAAGAUGAUGAUAAAGUUCCGGGAAGAGGAUCAAAACCGGGGAACUUUCCGGUUACCGGUUCUAAAUGUGAGACGGGAAAUGGUGAAACUGCCCGAUCAGCGCCUCCAGCUUCCGGGAACAACCCUGAGGCAACUAACAAGCGUAAGCGUGACACAUCAGAUGGUAUUCACGAUAAUAAAGAAAAGAUAUCUACCGAGGUUACACGGGUCGUUGACACAACGGAUACUGUAGAAACUGCCGGAGUUAAAGAGGUUGAAAUGAAAGAUGCGGAAGCCAUAGAUGAGCCAUCUGAUCAAGGUAUUAAAGAAGUCGAGAUGCAAGACGCUGAGGUCAUGUAUAAUACAACAACACAUGUCGAGGAAAAUGGUAAAGCAGAAGGUGUCGCCGAUGUUCAUGAAGAGAGCAAAUUGAAUCCAGACGUCAAUGAUUUCAGUGGUAAACAAGAUCAAGGUACCAAAGAGACUGAGCAGCCUGCAAAUGAAUCCAAAAGCAAUGAGAAAGAGAGUCCUCAUACAGAUAUGAGCAAUGGAUCAGGGCAACAAGUGUUGGGUGAGGUAGCAACUCUAUUGAAACAAGUGCAGGAGAGUGACUCGAAAGCAAAGCUGGAGGUUGAGGUGAAAGUGAAGAAGAUGGAUCAUGGGGUUACGAAGGAAAAUGGUGAAACUGAAAAGGCGAAUAGUGCAGCUCAGGUGAGCCGCCCAUGAUCAUAUAUACUUUGGUUUUGGGUGUGUGUUGUAGUUAUAUUAUGUAUCAGAGAUUCCAGAUGAUUGUAACUUUGUGUGUAAAGUAAGGCAUACGUAAAGGCUUUGUUCAAGGCACAACGGUUCACAUGUGGCACCCCAGUGAACAAAAAGCCAAGUUUUGUCUUAAUAUAUGAGUAUGCCAUGGGUAUCUAUUAGAACU